ACAACCAAUGAGCUGAAUGAGGUCAGGUCAACUCUUGAAAAAAAAACUGAAGAGAACCAGUCAAACAUUGAUGCCCUGUUGCAAACAACCAAUGAACUGAAUGAGGUCAAGUCAACUCUUGAAAAGAAAACUGAAGAGAACCAGUCAAACAUUGACGCACUGUUGCAAACAACCAAUGAACUGAAUGAGGUCAAGUCAACUCUUGAAAAGAAAACUGAUGAAAACCAGUCAAACAUUGAUGCCCUGUUGCAAACAACCAAUGAGCUGAAUGAGGUCAAAUCAACUCUUGAAAAGAUAACUGCAGAGAACCAGUCAAAUAUUGCUGUCCUGUUGCAAACAACCAAUGAGCUAAAUCAGUUCAGGUCAACUCUUGAAAAAAAAACUGAAGAGAACCAGUCAAACAUUGAUGCCCUGUUGCAAACAACCAAUGAGCUGAAUGAGGUCAAAUCAACUCUUGAAAAGAUAACUGCAGAGAACCAGUCAAACAUUGAUGCCCUGUUACAAACAACCAAUGAACUGAAUAAGGUCAAUUCAGCUCUUGAAAAGAAAACUGAUGAGAACCAGUCAAACAUUGACACCCUGUUGCAAACAACCAAUGAGCUGAAUGAGGUCAGGUCAAUUCUUGAAAAGAUUAUCUUGAUAAACCAGUCAAACAUUGACGCACUUUUACUAACAACUAAUGAACUUAACGAGGUCAAGUCAACUCUUGAAAAGAAAACUGAGGAGAACCAGGCAUGGAAAGAGAAAGAAGAAAUUUAUAAAAGUGAAAUUCAAGAUUUAAAUAGAAAAAAAAAGGAUUCAGCAGAAAUGGUGUAUGAAAUGGAAAAAAAGAUAAAUAAACUUGAAAAAUUGUUAGAAGAUAAAGAUUCAAAGUUCGGAAACAUAGAUCAAGAGUAUGGACAUCUACUCACAAGAUACAAUGAGUUGAGUAUUCAAUUAACAAAUGCAAGAACUGAUCUAAUCUUUGAAAAGGAACAACAGUUGGCCCGGGCUGAAAAGGUAGAUGUUAAGUAUUACACAAAGAAGGUGACUAGUCUGGAAGGAGACAUCGAAAAGAUGAAAAACGAGAUAGAGGUCGCAAAUGGAAACAAACGAACUCUGGAAAUCGAGAAGGAGAAAAUUAUGAAAGAGCUUCAGGAAAUGACAAAAAACAACCAGUUCAAUAAGCAGCACCAUGCUGACCUGCAAACACUGAUUGAGGCCAUGCAAGGGAGAUUUUCCAAAGCAAACGAAAGAAAUGAAAUAUUGGGGUCCAAAGUCAAUGAGCUAGAAACAAACAGAGACCAUUUAGAAAAGGAGGUCUUGAAUCAUAUCAAAGAGUUGAAUAAGUUGAGGAAGGAUUUUGAGAAGGAAGUUGCUCUCAGGAAGAAAAAAGACGAAGAAAUAAAUGUUCUUAAAAAUAAGCUGGCGGUUCUUGCGAAUCGACCAAAAUCUUUAACCCAGAAGAACCCAGGUUUGACCUCUACCCGACAAUCCAUGUCGAGGUCAUCCAGUUCUUCGACUAUUAGUUCUUUCCAAGACAUUGCUCAUUCAAGCAUCAACAAAAUGUCGACAAAACCACCAAUACAUCAACAACAUCUGCCAAGCAAAAAGGAUGGACAAUGGAACAAUUAUGGAAUUUCGAUAACUGCUUCACCAUUGACUCCAUCAAAUUUGACAUCAUCGUCAUCUGGUUGUCAGUUUCUGAUUCCAGUUGCAUGCGCUCCCAAAUCAAAGUCGACGUCAGCUGUAGGUCAUGAUCCAGAAAGUAGGGAUGUCCCAGGUGGUCCAAAAAAUAAUAAUCCCGUUCCAAAGGGCCUGGGCAUGAUGUUUUCAAACGACGACGAGCCCGGCGAGGAUGUGAAUUGGUGUUUGGUGCAACAACAAAAUAAGAUGACCAGGUCUCUGCACAACAUACCCUCCCCGGGCAGUAACUUCACCAGUGGCAGGUUACACAGCACUGUAGAACCAUCACGUCGUUUGUCAUCAACCAGCCAGAGAUCUGCUACAUUAUCAUCUCUACCACAACAAACGCAGGAUGGACAACGGUCUCACGGCAGCAUCGACGAUAACAGUUUCGCAUUCUCUUCAAGUAGUCGACUGUCGUUGGGAGGCAGUAGCAGCAGUCUUUCGAACGCUCGUCGUGGGACUUUUGUACUCAAUAACAUUCCAGAGACACCUGACGAGAACAGGGUGGACGAGUUGAAGAGAAGAAACACGUUGUGCCUGCCACACCUCAAGUCAACGUACCCACUCGAGGAGCUGCCCGUGCCAGUCCCAGAGGAUGAGUUGAGACGACCUUCGGUGGCCUCGUCAAAUAAUCCCAGCAACAACGAUAGCAGAGGUGCUCAGCAGUUCGUGCACCAUCGUAACGACGAGAAUAGAGAUCCGAUGUUGUCGAAUUUCAGAAGGGUGAGGGAGGAAGAUAAUCGUCACCGGUCAGAGACGAGGCGCACCCUCUCCGGCGUUGACAUGUACAGCAGUGAUAGGGAUGUGCAGAGAGGAGAUGAUGACGUAUACAAUAAAAAUAUAAAAUCGCCUGGCAAGCGAUCCCACAAAAGCUCGUUGAGUGGAUCGGGCAAGAAAAUAUUUCGUAGUCUCAAGAUGAAGAAGGAGAAUUUGAAGCAGAGCAGCAACGACAGCAAGAAACUUCGCAUGCAGCGGAUGCAGCCCCUCAUAGAAUCCGGCAACUCGCCCGCCCCUUUAUAUUAUUACAAUGGACCAUCUGGGGACCACGACGUCAGUACCUUGACCAACAGCUCAGAUGAUUCCAUUCCUAAAAAACCGGUAGAGAGCAGUCUAGCUUACGACAUCCCAAUAACACCGGUUCAACGAUUGAAGAAAACUAUGAUUUCACUCAUCAAAAAGCCGAAAAAUCCCUUGGUGGACAACAUGGACGUCUGAUUGAAAUGAAUUCUCCCUCGUAUGAACAUCUACUGGUUUGAAGUUCACAAAUCUUAUGCUAAGAUAGAUGAUCAUUUUGAAAACUUUGUUAGCAUCAAUUGCUUCAAGUGAAGUUCAACUGCUUUGUAGUUUAACAUUUCUACAUUUAUUUUUCUCAUUGUGUGUUUUUAUUUUAUUUUUUUUAUUUAGUUACGUAUAUCAAUAUAUAUAUAUAUAUAUAUAUAUAUAUAUAUAUAUAUAUAUAUAUAUAUAUAUAUAUAAAUUGAAAAGUUAAAAGAAAUUUUAUUAACAUUUUACCUUCCCAGUUGAUAUUAUAUCUACGUAACGUUCCCCAUUUAAUUGAUUAAUAUUGUAAAAGAAUGCUGAGUUGAAAAAGUUGGAUGAUGAUGAUGUUGGAGUUGGAGAAUGAACGGUCUUCAGUGCUCUUCAUUACGAAGGAUUUGUUGGAGGAUCUGAUUGAAAGCGCUAUAUAAAUUGCGCUUUUAAUUAAAUUCGUUUCCUUCAUUAUAUGCAUAUACGUUUUUUAUGAUUUUAACGUGUGUAUGUGUGAUAUAAAAGAAACAACGAAAUAUAAGUAGAUGUUAGCACGAUGUGUUCUUAUAAAAAAUGAUCGUUAUGUCAGUUAUUUGUACAUGCAUGUGUAUUUAUUGAUUUUUGCUUUAUCUUUAGACAGACUUAUAUAAUUAAGCAUAUUUUUGAUGUACAUUGUCUAAUUUGUACGCUAUAUUAAUCUUCUCAUGUACGAUAGUGGGCUUCCAUUCUAUAACAACGUUAACAAACUUUAUGACUAUAAAUACAAUUGUAUCAUACAUACCCUUUGUUCUCUAUGGUGUAUCUCCUACAUAUAAAUAUAUAUUCAUAUAUUAAAAAUAUAAAUUUGGUAAAUAAAUAA